UGCUUUCCCCUUUCCGGAGUGACCUAACACAGGAUAACGAAACCUGCAGUGCUCCCAGCGCUUCCGCCCCGCCUCGUCAGACGCGAGGCCGGAGGCGAGGGCUCUGCGCAUGCGCGGCGCAGGCGCACUUGGAGCCGGUGCUGUUGCCCUCAGGUGAAGGCGGAUCUGCCAUCGUGAGUUCCAGGUGGGCGCGCGGGGCCCACGUAGGGCAGGAGGCCAGCCCCGGGGGGAUCGGGCCCGGGACUCCACGGAAUCUGGAGGCCGAAGCCCGCGCGCACGCAAGGUCUCCGCUGCUUCCCCGACGCCUGUUGCGUGGCCGCGGGACCCGCCGCCCUCUCGGUUGGGCUGCCCAGUCCCAGGCCAGGCGUGUGCACCCAGAGCUUCCGCGCCUCUCCUCGGGCUCCUCUGCUGGAUUGCAGCGCCGGCUGGGCACCAGGAGUGCAAAGCGAAAACCCCACGCCGGCCGUUCUGUUAUCCACGGUCUCCAAGGAGACACGGACACUAGAACAACACUUCCGUGUGCUACAUAGUAAAGCACCAAGGUACUCGAUCCAGGGGUGGCGUGCAGUGGGGAGAUAGGGUCAGAUGUGUUACUGGGCACCGCACAUUCACUGCAGCCUUGACCUCCUGGGCUUGAGUGAUCCUCCCACCUCAGCCUCCCAAGUAGCUGGGACUACAGGAUUUUUAAAAUGGCUGCAGCUCCUCAAGCACCGGGGCGGGGAUCUGUCCGUAAGACGAGACCUCUGGUUGUGAAGACAUCGUUGAACAACCCAUACACCAUCUGCUGGAGCCCUCUAGAGAGCGAGGAUAUGCACUUCAUCCUACAGACGCUUGAGGACAGGCUUAAAGCUAUUGGACUUCAGAAGAUUGAAGAUAGGAAGAAAAAGAACAAAACCCCUUUUCUGAAAAAAGAAAGCAGAGAGAAAUGCAGCAAUGCUGUUGAUAUUAGUGAGGAUCUGAAGGAGAAAACAGACGCUAAGCAGCAAGUGUCAGGGUGGACACCUGCACACAUCAGGAAGCAGCUUGCCAUUGGCGUUAACGAAGUUACCAGGGCCCUGGAAAGGAGUGAACUGCUGUUAGUUCUGGUGUGUAAAUCAGUCAAGCCUGCCAUUAUCACCUCACACCUGAUUCAGUUAAGCCUCAGCAGAACUGUCCCUGCCUGUCAGGUCCCCCGGCUCAGUGAGAGAAUCGCCCCCGUCAUUGGCUUAAAAUGUGUUCUAGCCUUGGGCUUCAAAAAGAACACCACUGACUUCGUGGACGAGGUAAGAGCCAUCAUCCCCAGAGUCCCCAGUUUAAGUGUACCAUGGCUUCAAGACAGAACUGAAGAUUCUGGGGAAAAUUUAGAGACUGAACCUCUGGAAAGCCAAGACAAAGAGCUUCUGGACACUUCAUUUGAAGAUCUGUCAAAACCUAAGAGAAAGCUUGCUGACGGUCAGCAGGCUUCUGUAACAUUACAACCCCUGAAAAUCAAGAAACUGAUUCCAAACCCUAAUAAGAAAAGGAAACCACCCAAAAGUAAAAAAGCUACUCCAAAGUAAUCUUGCCUAAAGUUGCCAUGUCAUACUGUUUGUGAAAGCACACCUUGUGAAGAAGCCUUACAACUAAUAAAAUGAGUUGUAUUUACAUAGA